GUUGAGGGACUCCUGGAUAACGAAGAUUUCAGGGUCAAGGUUUCACGGGCUGAGCUUGAAGGCAUGACAACGGACCUGAUGGAGAGAGUCACCAAACCUAUUGAGGAGGCCUUGAAGACGUCGCAGGUGACACUACCAGAAAUCACAGAAAUCAUCUUGUUUGGAGGUGGGACCAGGACACCGAAAGUACAGACACUACUCAGCGAGUUCCUCGGACGACAGGAACUUGGUAAAAGUAUUAACAGUGAUGAGGCUUCUGCUCUGGGUGCUGUUUAUCAAGCUGCUCACCUUGGUAAAGGCUUCAAGGUCAAGAUGUUUGGGAUUAAGGAAGGCACAAUAUUCCCUAUAUCUGUGGAGUUUGCCAAGCAGUCAGUUGGACAAGACGACAGUGAGGUGAAGCCCAAGACCGUGAAGAGAACCUUAUUUGGGCGUAUGAAUCCAUUUCCUCAGAAAAAGGUCAUGACCUUCAACAAACACACCACAGAUUUCACAUUCAAUGUGACUUAUACAGAUCUGUCCUUCCUGUCAGAAGAGGAGGCCAAAUCCAUUGCUGGCCCUGUACUGACCACUUACACAGUGACCGGUGUGGACGCAGCCUACAGUAAACACGCUCAGGAUGCUGAGAGUAAAGGGGUCAAGGCUCACUUCAGACUGGACGAGAGUGGCAUACUCCACAUGGACAAGGCUGAGGUUGUGUUUGAGAGACAGGGUCCUGCCGAGGAGGAAUCCACAUGGUCCAAGAUAGGCAGUACUCUGGGUGGAUUAUUUGGAUCAAGUGCUGACAAAGAGACCAAAGUUGAGGAUUCAGAUCCCAGUACGGAGGGAGAUAAAUCUGAAUCCACCAACUCAAACACGGAAAAGGAAACCACUAAAGCCGAUAAAUCGGACGAUGAGACGAGUAGUGACGAUAAAGAUGACAAAUCCAAGGAUGACAAGGUUUUUAAUUAUAGAUUUUUUUUCUAAAUUGUGUUUUGAGUU